AUGGCAGCUGGGAAGUUGCCCGAGAGCAAUGGUAUACCAUGGAGGGGAAACUCAGGGCUGACUGAUGGGAGUGAUUUGACGGACGUUAAAGGAGGUCUGGUGGGAGGAUAUUACGACGCCGGUGACAAUACAAAGUUUCAUUUUCCGAUGGCAUAUACGACGACGAUGCUGAGUUGGAGUGUGAUUGAAUACAAUCACAAAUAUAAAGCCAUUGGAGAAUACAACCAUAUCAGAGAUCUCAUCAAAUGGGGCACUGAUUAUUUGCUUCUCACCUUCAACUCUACUGCCACCAAGAUCAACCAAAUCCAUGCCCAGGUUGGGGGAUCGCAGAACGGCAGUUCAACGCCGGAUGAUCACUACUGUUGGAUGAGACCCGAAGACAUGAGCUAUCCAAGACCAGUACAAACAAUCCAGGCAGGACCUGAUCUCUCCGGGGAAAUGGCGGCCGCUCUGGCAGCUGCCUCCAUCGUUUUCCGGGACAACUCUGCGUACUCCCAGAAGCUGAUCAAAGGAGCCAAAACACUGUUCGACUUCGCCCGAGACAGCGGCCGACGAAGAACUUAUUCCAAAGGGAACCCUUACAUCGAGCCAUACUACAACUCCACUGGCUACUUUGAUGAAUACAUGUGGGGUGCCGCCUGGCUGUAUUAUGCCACCGGAAACAGUUCCUACAUUUCCCUGGCGACAAAUUCUGGAAUUCCCAAGAAUUCCAGGGCGUUUUAUAUGAUUCCUGAUAAUCUUGUUCUGAAUUGGGAUAAUAAAUUGCCUGCUGCCAUGCUCCUGCUGACAAGGUUCAGAAUUUUUCUGAAUCCUGGAUAUCCUUAUGAGGAUAUGCUGAGCAUGUAUCACAACACAACAACUCUUACUAUGUGCGCGUAUCUUCCGCAAUUCCAUUUCUUCAACUGGACUACAGGGGGAAUGAUCGAACUGAACCAUGGAAAAGCACAGCCUCUGCAGUAUAUGGCUACUGCUGCUUUCUUGGCAUCUCUGUAUGUUGAUUACUUGAAUGCUUCUAAUAUUCCUGGAAUCAACUGUGGUCCUACUUUCAUUUCAUUAGAUCAGCUGAGGAAUUUCUCAACCUCUCAGAUGGAUUACAUUCUGGGUGAGAACCCCUUGAAGAUGAGCUAUGUGGUGGGGUUCGGCAACAAGUAUCCCACACAUGUACAUCACCGGGCUGCUUCGAUACCCUCUGACAACGUUAAGUAUUCAUGCACAGGAGGAUACAAAUGGCGUGACACCAAGAAUCCCAACCCUCACAACAUCACUGGAGCCAUGGUCGGAGGGCCUGAUAAGUUUGACAAGUUUCAUGAUGUACGUGGCAACUAUAGCUACACCGAGCCAACAAUGGCUGGGAAUGCCGGCCUGGUGGCUGCACUUGCAUCUUUGACAACAACUGCUGGUUAUGGCGUUGACAAGAACACCAUUUUUACAGCUGUUCCACCACUGUAUCCACAGAGUCCCCCACCUCCAGCUCCUUGGAAACCUUAACUGCUAGCUUAGCUGCUGUGUAUAAUAAAUUUCAUACAUACUAAUUUCCCUCAAAGUUUUGGUUUUACUUUCACAUUCUUGCUUGUACAAAUACGUUCAAUAUGUUUAUUCAUAUAAUGAUAUCAGACAGUGAGAUA